UUCAUACAUUACUCACUAUGAAUUAACGCGCCGCUCCCAUUAUCCUGUAUCAAAAUUGCAUGGUCAAUCUAAAUUCGUCUGUUUCUGUACAAGCUAGAGUGGAUUUCUGCAUGGCUGGUUACAUUUUACAAGCAUGCGCGAUGGCGUGGCUUCUAAAACGAAUUUGUUGAAGGUCACCUUGACUGAGCGCCGCCGGUCCGCCAUCCAUACAACCACCAAUCGUCGUUUCUACGUGACCUGUGGCACGGGCGACCAUACAUUCGACCAUACAACCUCUAAAAUGGCGACGUUAGAGCAGCUCUUCCAGCCGGUGCAGCCGAAGGCCGAAGACAAGGGCAACAAAGUGACCGUGGUCGGCACCGGCCAGGUCGGCAUGGCGGCCGUGUUCUCCAUGCUUACACAGGGUGUGACCAACAAUAUCGCUCUCGUCGACGUGAUGGAGGAUAAAUUGAAAGGAGAGAUGAUGGACCUGCAGCACGGGUCUGCUUUCAUGAAGAACGCGAGGAUCCAGGCCAGCACAGAUUAUGCAAUCUCUGCUGGCUCCAAGAUUUGUGUGGUGACAGCUGGCGUGCGGCAGCGUGAAGGUGAAUCUCGGCUGGACCUCGUGCAGAGGAACACUGAUGUAUUGAAGAAUAUUAUCCCCCAGCUGGUCAAAUACAGUCCAGAAGCGGUAUUCAUAAUCGCAAGCAAUCCAGUAGACAUCCUCACCUACGUCACGUGGAAGAUCAGCGGUCUGCCCAAACACCGCGUGAUCGGCUCCGGGACUAACCUAGACUCGGCUAGGUUCAGAUACCUGCUGUCAGAGAAGCUCUGUGUGGCUGCCACAUCCUGCCACGGUUAUAUCAUUGGGGAGCAUGGAGAUAGUAGUGUACCCGUGUGGUCCGGCGUGAACGUAGCCGGCGUCCGCUUGAGUGAUCUCAACCAGAAGAUAGGCACAGACACCGAUCCUGAGAACUGGCAGGAACUACACGACAACGUUGUGAAGAGUGCCUAUGAAGUCAUCAAACUGAAGGGCUAUACUUCAUGGGCUAUUGGCCUCUCGCUCUCACAGCUUGCGAGGGCUAUCCUGUCCAACGCUAACAGCGUGCAUGCUGUCUCCACUUACUUGAAGGGAGAACACGGCAUAGAAGAAGAUGUAUUCCUCUCCCUUCCGUGCGUGCUGGGCUCCAACGGCGUUUCUGACGUCAUCCGCCAGCCCCUCACUGAUAAGGAACUCGACCAGCUCCGCAAGUCCGCGCAUCUCAUGGCCCAAGUGCAAGUCGGCAUCAAGUUCUAAGUCAGCAAGAAGUCAUACCUGACCGGUUCUUGCCAUGGCUGCAUGGCGAACUGCGAUCUUAGGUUCUGUUCUGCCUGGAUGUAGUGGGAUCUUAGACCGUUUCAUUGUCAUAUACGAGACCACUUAAGCAGUUGAAUACAUCCAUUGCUUGAG